AUGGACGAAGACGCCCGCCAUGAGCGACUGCUCGAUCGCCGUGCGCAGUUGACCGAAGGCCUCGGCAGCUUGCCGUAUGACUUGAUCCUCUACCUGGAGCGCGCUGCUGUCUACUCAGACUUGGGCUAUCCGGACCUUGCGGCUGCCGAUGCGUACCGAGCCUUGCUCCUCACAGAUGAGGUCGCCAACGAAGGCUUCGAGUAUCACGAACAGGCCCUCGAAAGCCUCACGCUGCGUGCCGAUCAUACUGUUCCCGAGGUGCUCACGUAUGGCAGUCUCGCAACGGAGCCGCUUGCCGCUAUCCUCGACGGAUCCGAGACGGACGAGGCUGCCGUCAUCCGACUUGCGCGGCUUGCAUCGGUUCGAGCGUAUCAGAUUCUCUCGCUGAGCCUGUUGCUGUGCGGCUGCCUUCAGAGCGCCGCCAACUUUUGCGAUAGGGGCCUUCAAAUAGCACCCAACAACCAAGAACUCGCCAAUACCAAGGAUCACAUUCGGACAGUCGGCCGCCGCAGGCUGCGUCGCGACGACUUUGAGAACGGCGACCUGCCGGACUACGGCCUGGUUCGGCGCGAGGUGUACCCUUGGAACGACCACGAACCCGACCGCUUCACGACCGAGUCAUUGGAUGCCUUGAACGCUGACCUGAAAGAGAUGGCCCCGAAAUGCGCCAUCCAAGUUGCGACGUUGCCGGUUCUUCUCGAAGGCGCCAGCGAUACCGAUGGAUACGACAUCAUUCCUACCUGCAAACAGCUGGGUGUCUUCGCCCAGGAGGACAUUGAGCCCGGGGAGGCGGUCCUCAAGGAAUAUUCGCUCCUGACCGCCAACAACAGGCUCAAGGAUCCAGUCUGCGACGCGUGUAGCUCCGACCUGCCGCCGCUUGGAAGCGAGAACGCGGCGGUGAGCUGCGACGAGUGCUACGACACCGUCUUUUGCAGCCAAUACUGCCAUGACCAGGCCAUGGAGCGUUACCAUCCAGCAGUCUGCGAAAAGGACGUCGACGCCAUCGCGAAAGAUCCCGACGCCUUUGAGGCCGACGAGACGCUAUACCUGCUCCUUCUCGCUCGUGUGUUAGCACUGGCUGCUCACCAAGAAGUCCAUCCUCUCGACGUGCGAGAAGUCAGGUUCAUCUGGGGCGAUUUUGUACCCACCAGCACCAACGCCAUCAAAGUGUCACCGAACGCCGGACCUCCACCCGAGUGGACGCUGCCCUUUUCCUUCAAGUACAACAUCGAGACGCCGCUCCACGUCCUGGAGAAGAUGGACAUUGACAUCUUCGCUGGAUUGCCAGAGUAUGACCUGUGGGUCGUCAACACGCUGUACGCCAAGUUUCGAGGCACUGCGUCGGCACGCAAGAACCCUCGCGAUGGCCGCCCAGACGUUGCCGCCGUCCACCCAUACUGGUGCCUAGCCAACCACGACUGCGACCCAAACGUCACCUGGGACUGGGGCGGCCGCAUGGUGCUCUGGGCGCGGAAGGAGAGGGUGGUUGGCGGACGGCCAGGCGGCAUCAAACGAGGCGAGGAGAUCCUGAACCACUACUGCGACGUCACCCUGCCUGUCCAGCAGCGUCGAGAGUGGGCAAGGGGCAGCCUCGGGGGCUGGUGUAUGUGCCAGCGCUGUCGAACGGAGGCCGCGGCCGAAGCUGCCAAGGAUACGACGGAUGUGAAUGGCAAGGCCACUGCUGGCUAG